CACCAAAGAAGAAAACAAUUCAAAGAUCUUGAUAUAUCGAGAAAGAAACAGCUGCAUACAAUAUACAGCCUGCAUUUCUACCUCUAGUUUUGAUUAUUAACUCAAAGUAUUCUAUUUCAAUUUUUAUUUUUGCUGUACUAAUUUAAAAAAUGCUUAGACGUUUCCAACGUUCUCUCGCCACAACUGCUGGAUUUGUUAACAAAACAUCCCAGCUUGACAGAGCUACUCUUACCAUUAAGGGUGGUCCAGUUUUUAGUGGUUAUUCUUUUGGAUCGAACAAGAAUGUUUCUGGUGAAGCUGUUUUCACCACUUCUCUUGUUGGUUACCCUGAGUCAAUGACUGACCCUUCUUACAAAGGACAAAUUUUGUGCUUCACACAACCACUCAUUGGUAACUAUGGUGUUCCAUCCUCAACUGCAAAGGAUCAGUUUAAUUUGUUAAAGUAUAUGGAAUCUCCAAGUGUUCAAUGUAUUGGAAUUGUUGUUGCUGAUGUUGCUUUGGAAUAUUCUCAUUGGACUGCUGUUGAAUCUCUUCAACAAUGGUGUCAAAGAUCUGGUGUUGCUGCUAUUUCUGGUGUGGACACCAGACAACUUGUUUCUUAUUUGAGAGAUAAGGGUUCUUCGUUAGCUAAGAUCACUGUUGGAGAAGAAUAUGAUGCUGAUGAAGAUGCUGCCUUUGAAGACCCUGGUUCAGUGAAUUUGGUCCAUAAGGUCACCACCAAGGCACCAUUCCAUAUUGCUUGUCCACCAGAACAUUCCAAGGGUAUUCAUAUUGCUGUUUUGGAUUGUGGUGCUAAGGAAAACAUUUUGCGUUGUUUGGUUGAAAGAGGUGCCUCUUUGACUGUUUUCCCAUACAACUACCCAAUUGAUAAGAUUGCCAACAAGUUUGAUGGUAUAUUUAUCUCCAAUGGUCCAGGUGACCCAACCCACUGUUCUAGUACCGUUGAAAGUUUGAAAGAAACUAUGAAGAAGUACGAUGAAUUACCAAUCUUUGGAAUUUGUUUAGGUCAUCAACUCUUAGCCUUGGCUAGUGGUGCAAAGACUGUUAAGAUGAAGUAUGGUAACAGAGCUCACAAUAUCCCAGCUCUUGAUUUAAUUACAGGCCAAUGUCAUAUCACUUCCCAAAACCAUGGUUACGCUGUUGAUGCUUCUACUUUAAACAGUGACUGGGAACCAUACUUUACUAAUUUGAAUGAUUUAUCUAACGAGGGAAUGAAGCAUAAGUACAAGCCAAUUUUCUCCACUCAAUUCCAUCCAGAAGCUAAGGGUGGUCCAUUGGAUACUUCAUACUUAUUUGACAAGUUCUUUGACAACAUCCACACCUACAGAGAAAACAACGGGUUACAAGUAUCUAACGUUGAUAACAGUCUAUUAGUUGAUAUUUUGCCAAAGGCAAGAGUUCAAUAAAUAGACAGGGAGGACAAGAACACAAAAAAAAUAUACAAUGUCUCCUAUUUAUGAUUAGUCCUUUUUCUUAAACGAGAGAGAGAUAUGUGAGUUUAUUAUAUAAUACUUUUUAAAUUGCCUAACUAUUAGGUUUAGAAAUGAAUAACAAAAAUUGAAAUGAAUUGAAUGUGAUACUUGUAGAGUCUAAACGAUAGGCAUUUGUCAUUCAUGAUCGAAAUGGCUGCGAAUCGAAGAAUAAGCUAUACGAUUCCCACUUGAGCAAUUAAGAUCGUAUAGGCAAACACAAAUGUAACUCCAAAAUAAGGGAGUUCUCUUUUUUUGAACAAUUAGACUUCUAACAAUCACCCGUCAGAGUUUUCCAUUCAAAUAAAUCUAACAAAUAUGGUGAAAUCAUAUAAUGAAACUUAUAAAACGAGAAUAAGCUCUACAGCAUAAGAGCAUAUCCAAGUUCUAGUAUGGAUCCAUCGCACCAGGUAAACGAUCUCGCUCACAGG